AUGGACACUGUUGCAUAAUAAGAUAAUACAAAUAAAAUUGAUGCCCAAUCAAAGGACGACUGGAAAAGUAAAGUUAAUAAACCUGCUCCAGAUUUGAGACCUAAGACUACAGAUGUUACUGCUACUAAAGGAACAGAUUUUGAAGACUAUGGUCUAAAAAUUGAAUUAUUGAGAGGUAUUGUUGAAAAGGGAUGGGAUAAGCCCUCUCCAGUUUAAGAAGAAACUAUUCCCUUAACUAUUGCUGGUAGCAGCAUUAUAGCAAGAGCUAAAAAUGGUACAGGAAAGACUGCAUCAUUUGUUAUUCCAAUAUUAGAAUAAUUAGAUACUACAAAGAAUUUCAUUCAAUCUCUUAUCCUUGUACCUACCAGAGAAUUGGCUCUCUAAGUUAGCUCUGUAGCUAAGGAAUUAGGAAAAUAUUUAAAUGUUAAUGUUAUGGUUUCUACAGGUGGUACUUCUUUUAAAGAAGAUGUCUUAAGAUUAUAAAACAAAGAGUCUCCAGUUCAUAUUAUUGUAGCUACACCUGGUAGAAUUCUAGAUCUUGCCAAAAAGAAUAUUGCUAAUUUAUCCUAGUGUUAAAUUAUUGCUUUGGAUGAAGCAGAUAAGCUCUUGUCUUAAGAUUUUGUGCUUAUUAUUGAAGAAAUUUUAGAAUUUUUAAAAAAGGAUAGAUAAAUUAUGCUCUUCUCUGCUACCUUCCCUAAUUCAGUAAAGUAAUUCAAAGAAAAACAUAUGGCAGAUUGUAAAACUGUUAAUAUGAUGGAUGAGCUUACAUUAAAAGGUGUUACUCAGUAUUAUGCUUACCUUGAAGAAAAACUCAAAGUUCAAUGCCUAAAUCACCUUGCUGCUAAGCUACAAAUUAACCAAGCUAUUAUCUUUUGUAAUAGUACAAAAAGAGUAGAAUUACUAGCUAAUAAAAUUAUUGAAUAAGGAUAUAGUUGUUUCUACAUUCAUGCUAAAAUGGAAUAACAUCACCGUAAUAAAGUUUUCCACAACUUCACUUAGGGAUAGGGUAGAUUUUUGGUAUCAUCUGAUCUUUUCACUAGAGGUAUUGAUGUUCAAACAGUUAAUGUUGUUAUUAAUUUUGAUUUCCCUAAGAAUUCUGAGACUUAUCUCCACAGAAUUGGUCGUUCAGGAAGAUUUGGCCACUUAGGUUUAGCAAUUAACUUCAUUACCGACGAAGACAAAGAUAAUUUAAUCAAGAUUGAACACGAGCUUGAUAUUCAAAUGCUCCCCAUUCCCAAAGAAAUUGAUAGAAAUUUGUAUUGA